AUGUUUCAGGACGCGGUGGUCUUUGCGGAUGUGGCUGUGGACUUCACCCCAGAAGAGUGGGCUUUGCUGGAUCAUGGUCAGAGGAGGCUCUACAGAGAUGUGAUGCUGGAGACCUGCAGGAACCUGGCCUCACUGGUUUGUCCCAGUCAGGAUAAAAGGAGUGCAUCGAGGACGCAGUGGAAUGUUUUGCAGAAUGAGUUACCCAGUGAAGAGAAAAUAGUCAUAUUUGCAAGAAAUGAUUUGUGUUCUGUUUUUGGAGAAAACUGGAAAUUUCAUAGCAGUGGAGAUCAGACCCAAACCCAGGAAGGGCAUUUGAGAAGUCAUUUGGUGGAGCGUGUCUGUGAAAGCAAUGAAGGUAAUCAAUGUGGAGAAACCAUAAGGCAGAUUACAAGUUUUACUGUGCAUGAGGAUUGCCCUCCUGGAGAAAAAUCCCAUGAAUGCACUAAGUAUAGAGAAGCCUUCACAGAUGGUUCUUUCCCUGAGAAUCCAGGAAGAUCUUAUCCUGGACACACACCUAGUCCCUGUGAGGAAUGUGGGCCAGCCUGCAGGUGUGUCUUGAGCUUUAGCCCUCAUGUUGACGCACACCUUGUAGGGAAACCCUAUGAACAUCAGGACACUGGGAGAGGAUCGAAGAGAGACUUGAAGAGUCUCAGCAGUAAAAAAUCUUUAGAGUGCAAGAAAUGUGGAAAAGCUUUCACUCGCACCUCUUCCUUUCAGGGUCAUGUGCGAGGUCACUGUGGACAGAGAGUCCAUGCGUGUGAUGUGUGUGGGAAAGCUUUUAUGUAUCGCUCCUGUCUUACACGUCAUGUGAGAACUCACACUGGAAUGAAACCUUUUAGAUGUGGGCAGUGUGGGAAAGCCUUCACUCGUCAGGCCUACCUUCUAGUACAUGUGAGGACACACACUGGGGAGAGACCCUAUGAAUGUCAGCAAUGUGAGAAGACCUUCACAGAUCAUGGAAAUCUGCGAGAACAUGUGAGAACACACACUGGGGAGAGACCCUAUGAAUGUCAGGAGUGUGGGAAGACCUUCAAGUAUAACUCAGGCCUGCGAGCACACAUGAGGACACACACUGGGGAGAGACCCUAUAAAUGUCAGCAGUGUGGGAAAGCCUUCACUGGUCACUAUUCCCUUCUAGUACAUGUGAGAACACACACAGGGGACAGGCCCUAUGAAUGUGUGGAGUGUGGGAAAACUUUCCAGAAGUGUGAACAUUUUAAACGCCACAUGACCAUGCACAGCACAGUGAAACCCUAUGAAUGUAAGGAGUGUGGCAGAGCCUUCCGGGAUCGCACAGACCUGCGAAUACAUAUGAGGACACACACUGGGGAAAGACCCUAUGAGUGCCAGCAGUGUGGGAAGACCUUCAGACAUCUUGGAAAUCUGCGAGGACAUGUGAGAACGCACACUGGGGAGAGACCGUAUGAAUGUCAGCAAUGUGGGAAGACCUUCAGGUAUAACUCAGACCUGCGAGAACACGUGAGGACGCACACUGGGGAGAGACCCUAUAAAUGUCAGCAGUGUGGGAAAGCCUUCAUUCGUCGCUACACCCUUCUAGUACAUGUGAGAACACACACAGAUGGUAGACAUGUGGAAUGUAAAGAGUGUGGGAAAGCAUACAAGUUUUCCUCAUCCCUUCGAGUGCAUAUGAAGAAACACACUGGGGAGAGGCGUUCACUCGUCACCGCUCCCUUCAAGAACACGUGA